UACAAGGAGAGCAUUCCAAACGCGAAUUUGUGUAAUCGCGCAUUGCAAACCACGGAAGAAUUCUGAUGUUUAGGAUAUUAUUCAGCUGAUAUGUUUAACAGAUUAUCUGUUAUAGAAUAAACACUCUUCAUUGAUAACGAACGGUAUUUGUUCUGUACUAGUGGCUAAUAAGUUGCUUAGAAACAUGUGUAGAUGACGUCGAUAUUCGACUAACCAAUAUCAUAACUGUGUGCUAGGCCAGGCAAAUAUGGAGUACGCCUUUAAGAAAAGUUCGAAUUAACAGGACGAUACCAAGAUGCCGAUUCCGUCGAGGCUCUUCGUUCCGCUCAUUUUGUUUCCUGUGAUAUGGAACCCAGGUGAAUUUGUGGAAAUGAAAUCGGCCGACGAGAAAUCAGCCGGCGGCCUUGACUGUUUCGAAUGUUUCUCCUUCAACAACAGUGACCCUUCAUGUGGCGAUCCGUUCCAUCCAGCCUAUGGCGUGUACUCCAAGAACUGUCUUCAAGGAAAGAAAGGUCACGUGGGAGGUUUUCCUUCCAAAUAUUGCAUCAAACUAAUCGGGGAAACAUAUAAAGACAAUAUCGAGAUGGUGUACAGAGGUUGUUCCCUGGAUACUCUGAACAAUGUUUGCGGCGAUUUUCGAUUUGAAGAUGUAAAAUACCAUGGCUGCAUAACGUCAUGUUCUGAAAAUGGAUGUAACCAUGGAGUCGAGAGCAGAGGCGAUGCGCAUGCAUAUUUCUACGUUAACGUUAUGUUGUUUCUGAUAUAUAUUACGGAUACAAAACUGUACUAAAUGGAAUUAUGCAUAUUUGAAGCAACACGUUUCUGUCAGAGAUCAUAGUGGGCCUAAUGAUAUUAUAUGCUAUUUUUGAUCAAUUUUGCAGGCAACUGAUGUUUGAAUUCAUACUGCAUAUGUCCAUUUUACGGUUCUUGAAUAUAAAUGGGGUUAUCAUGAAAAGCAACCUCAGAUAUUUUUGUUGUAUUCGCAUGUAAUUUUAAUUUUAGUGCGCUUCUUUAUAUAUAAACAGCCAUAAUAAAAGCAAACAUCAUAUAUUUUAGUGUACAUAUUGUAUUUAUACAUGAUCUUGCGGUGUUGAAUGUUGUUUAUGAACACUUACUGUCGUUGUAAAGGAUUGAUGUGUGGGAUAAACACGUUUGCAUUACAAAUAUGACUGACUUUGUUCCUAAUUUGGAGUUUGUCUCCUCUUUGAUAAAAACAUCAAAUUAUCCUGGGAAUAUGCUGUGCAUGUAUAUAUGCAUUUGGAUGAAACCGGUGAGUUUUUUUAAUCUAAAGCAACAAUAAGACCUUAUAUUAUUGUUGACGCUAAUAAAUAACACAAUAUAUCUCUGAAUGUAUCAUCUCAUUAAACGUGAUAACUUCAUUUUCCUGUUUGAUGUCCGUGAACACACACGGUUAUUUGUACUGUUAAUUUCCGUUUAAUCAAAUGUCAUUUAAAGCACGCAUCAAACACAUAGUUUUCACUGUUGAGGUUAGGAAAUCGCACAAUGAAGUUGCAUACCGCAUUCAUGCAUAUAUUUUUUAACGAGUCAUAUAAACGAAUGAACAAGUCAGGACACUUUUAAUGUAAAUAAUGUAAAAAUAAGUGAAUAUAUUUUAAACGCGCGUCUCACGGUUGUACAUGUUGCGGUUGUAAUAAACAUAUAUUUUGCUUUUUUGAAGACACAUUGACUCGGGCCUGCGGUCAUGAAAAUUCUCAAUUUGUUUAGCUUAACUCACUGCAUGCGGUUUAAGUUUUCACUAAGCUGAGUAUCGGGUAUGCCUGUCAGAUAAAGAAGACUCUCAAAUCUCAGAUAUAAGUACGCUAAUAUAUGGUCCAUGUUCACGGACAAUCUCUAUUAUUGAGCACAACUCAGAAGAUAAGAUGCGAGAAUCCACCCAGCUGAGUAAUGAGCAACUUGGUCUGUGCGUGAACAGUGCACAACUCAAAUAUAAUCAAUAAUUUGGACAUAUUCCCCCUCGAAUUAAGACUUGAGUUUAGUCCGACUUAUAACUAAAAAAAUUGUGUGAAUCUACAAUAAUACAAUUAAGCACGAUCAUGUAAAACAAGAUGAGCAACUGAAAAUUGAGUCAGAAUAUUCACUUAAGUGUGUUCGUGCCACUAGGCAAUGUUCUUUCUCAAACUCAGAAAUGAGUUGAAUUUGAAUCUAAAUAAAUGCUUGUGUGAUUAAAAAUUUAGCACGAUCUUCAAACUCAUUGAAAUAUAAAAAAAAUUCAAAGUUGAGUCAACAUUUUGAAUUAAGUGUGUUCUAUUAAGAAAAUUUAUAAGCUUCUCUAGUUUAAAUCGACAGCAAUACAAUUUGUGUGUGUUUGCGUGUGUGCGCGCGUGCGUGUGUGUGUUUGAUUUUAAUGUUAUUGUGAAUACACACAUUGUAUAAUGUCUUUCUUUAUUUAAAAUGUCGAACAAUAUUGAAGUUUUUGUUUUGAACGGGACCUGCUUUAUCGUUUUUAAGAAUAUAUAUCAAGGGGUUUAUUUGUUUGCAAGUCAUGUAAAAAUUUAAUAAUUCUGGGUGCCUCCAUCGAGCAAUAGUCUAUAUUACUAGAAUGUUAAUGUUUCUUAAUCAAUUCAAUGCUCUGCUUUUGUUUGCUUAUACAAUAUCAAUUCAAAAUCAUUGUUUCAAAUGACCCGAAUUCAGUAAAUGUAUAUUUAUGUCAAAAACAUUUCAGUGUUGUGUAUUAGCAUAUAAAUAUUGCUGUAGUAUAUUGUGUCAUUGGUAAAUAUAUAUUAAGAAAUAUAUACAUAAAUGUUAAAACUGUUUUCUUCAAC